AUGCCCGGCCCACGAGGUUGGGCGCCGCGGCUGGCGCUCCUGGCGCUCGGGCUGUGCCUGGCGCCGCGGGACGCCGCCGCGUCGGGGGCCGCCUGCGCUCCUUGCCAGCCCGAGCGGUGCGUGCCGGCGCGCUGCGCGGCGCCCGAGCUGACGGCGCGGGACGAGUGCGGCUGCUGCGAGCGGUGCCUGAGCGCCGAGGGCGAGCGCUGCGGCGGGGCGCGCGGCGCCCGCUGCGGCCCCGGGCUGGUGUGCGUCAGCCAGCGCCCGGCCGAGCCGUCGCCCGAGGCCGCGGGAGAGGAAGAGGGCACCGGGCGCUGCGUUUGCAAGGAGGACGGCGCCGUCUGCGGCUCCGACGGGCGCUCCUACAGCAGCGUGUGCGCCCUGCACCUGCACAGCUGGCGCGCCGUCCACGGCGGCCGGGAGCGCGUCCGCAAGGCGCACGACGGCGAGUGCAAGCUGGCUCCUGCUAUUGUUGUGCCACCGAAAAGGAUUCACAAUGUAACUGGGGCCCAGGUGUACCUCUCCUGUGAAGUGAAGGCAGUCCCAACGCCCGUCAUCACCUGGAAGAAGGUCACGGAGUCCCCGAAGGGAGUUAAGCUCCUUGAAGAAUUGCCUGGAGACAGAGUCAAUGUGGCUGUCCAAGUGCGAGGUGGUCCCUCUAAACAUGAGAGCACGGGCUGGGUUUUGAUUAAUCCCCUGACAAAAGAAGAUGAGGGUGUUUACCAGUGUCAUGCUUCAAAUAUGAUAGGAGAAACACAAGCAGAAGGGAACAUCAAAGUCCUAGAACAAAGCAAAAAUAAGGCUCAUUUCCCUCUGUCAGAAGACGUGAAGUAGCAAGAAACAAAAUAUGAGCUGAGCUAGAAACCACUGAAUUAGUGAUUUGUUUUCCUACUGGCUGAAGACCAGAAGACACUAUCUUGAUGUUCUUCUUGAUUAAUGGCGCAGUUUGUACCUUUUGCUAGAGUGUCUGCGUAAUACUGAACGUGUAGCUGAACAGUGCAACAAAUGCUCAUUAAAAGCAUGUUUUUUAAUA